ACAACGGGACUCGACGCGCAGUGACCGUACGUUACCGGUUGUGAUAAGAUGAUGAACCCGGCCCGGUUUAGGAAUUCUGGAAUGAUCCCCUGCAACCUGCUGUGCGGGGGAGGCGUGCUCUCCACCAAGGACACCCCGCUAGUCACGCUGGAUAAGGACGACUGGCAGAACCGGAGGCCGCUGGGCUACAACGAGGAGGGCUCCCUGCCCAAUUCCCAGAGCGAGCUGGACGAGGAUAUGGACAUAGAGUCAGACUCCCAUGGAUCCGCCUCACCCCCUCCUAGCCCCACCGACGAAGGCCCGCUGGACAGCCUGCACAUUGAGACCCAGAAGAUCCUCUAUAACCUCUUCCGGGAACAGGCCGGUGGCAUCAAAGAGGCCGGGGGCAACCAGAAGGCCCUGAGCACCCUCCGGAGGGUGGGGGCAGAGAACAAGGAUUUUAAUAAGCAAAAUACUCCUCUUUUUUCUUCAGGAAUGUUGCAGAGGUUGUCUAUACAAACUGAAGAUGACAUUCAGAAAAUCUCAGAAGUACCCUCUAUGGUCUUCAGCGAUGGGGUUACGAACUGGGGUCGGAUUGUAACUUUGAUAAGCUUUGGUGCUUUCGUGGCCAAACAUUUGAAGAGUAUAAAGUUGGAGAACUGCAUUCGGCAGCUGGCAGACAACUUCACAGAUUAUCUCAUGACCCAAAAGAGAGAAUGGAUUGUACAACACAAUGGAUGGGAUGGCUGUGUGGAAUUCUUCCAUGUUGAGGACUAUGAAAGUGGACUGAGGACUGUUUUGAUGGCCUUUGCAGGAGUAGCAGGUCUUGGAGCAAGCCUGGCAUACAUGAUCCGGUGAACUUGCGUCUUAAGUGUUUGUUUUUAACCGAUCAUGAU